CCCAGCUCCCCAAGGUAAGUCCAAUGCUUACGGCAUUCAGAUAUUGUUUUCUGCCGCACAUUCCGAAUUCCGCAUCUUGUCUCUCUUUGUAUUCAUCCAUGUAUUUUCUUAUGCGGUCACUUCAGUCACUCGUUUCACUCACUCACUCAUUUGUUGUAGGCGGGGAACGUGCAUCCCAGUCCCCAUCCCCAUCUUCAUCUCCAUCUUUAUCUCCAUCUCCACCUGCUAACCUUCCUCCUCCGACCCACCGUCACCGCCCAACAAGUUACGCGGACUGGCGCAUGUCUGCGAAUCCAAAUGAUACUCGCGUCGCUCCGGAUGGCGCCACCUCGCCAAAUUAUACUCCUUCGAGACUAAACGUACCUAUGGGUCCAAGCAAAAUACAAGGUCAUCCAUCGUCUCAGUUUCUCCUCCCUCCCUCCAUUGCUCCCACACCUGCACGUACUUCCCGCACAAUCACCAUGGAUCCAAGUACCCCUACUCCUACCUCCCGUAACCAUAGUGAUAAGAUCAAAGGCAAACGCAAAGCCGAAGACAUAGACACCACACCGCCCGAGCAGAAAAAGGACGUGCAGCGCGCAACUUUCGCUGUCCCAGAGAGCUACCGAAGUCAAAAGCUCUCUGCUUCAUCUCACGCGCCAUCAUCGUACCACCGCAAGCGCGCCCGUAUAUCGUCCUCUCCUUUUGGCACCCCCAUCCAUUCGCGGCCUGUAUCCACUCAGAGCCAGAGUAUGAAUUUAGAGCCAACGCCCGAAGUGGGCAAGUUCGGUUCCUGGUCGAGCCGAACGAGCGCUCGUAUCCUCUCUAGUCCUAGCGUACCAUCUCGUGCCGCGUCCACUCAUUCGACCCGCCCCCAACAAACCCCCAACAAGAACUCCCUCACCAACUCAAUCACCCAGAAUCAGAAUCACGCGAGACGCCAAAGCAUGUCUCAGGCGUCUAUCCCUAUCAGUGCGCUCGUGUCCCCGCAUGCACCUUCGAUCGUGCCUUCUGGUAAAUUCCACAUGCGAGAUCCUAGACGCCCGCCCAAGAAACUUGCAGAGACGCCUUGGACGCUGCAUUUUCGUGGGGAGGAUGAGCCUGGAUCGCCUGUGCAUGCGUGGUGCUUCUUUGUGGGAUUCGUUUUGUUCCCUGUCUGGUGGAUCGCUGCGCUCUUUCUCCGCACACCGCGCACGCGUGUUGUUGGUGAUGAGAAGGGAGUUUCACUGGAUGAUCCGCAGAUCGAGCAUGACGCAAAAGCAUGGCGGUUCCGGUGCCGUGUCAUGUCUGUAGUGUCGCUGUUUACAUACACCCCUUUCAUCAUUCUGGUGGUCUUCUUUGUCCGACGAUAGCACUACACAUAAACAAGUCACGCACAUUUUGCAUACCAAGGACUUCACUCUUACCCGCAACGUCACGUCACGUUUCUCAUUACACUUAUGACGUUCCGUUUUCUUGCUGCAUACUUCACGCUCUAUGCCAACCUCCUACGAACAUUCCUUUCCAUCGCAGUUUUCUUGUCCUAUCCUGGUUCUGCGAACAUUCAUCGACUGCAUUCAUUCCUUUCACUUACUGUCUUCACUCGUUUCAUGUGUUAUUUGUCGACUUAUCCGCGACCGCAUUCCUAGAGUAGGUACCGCUAUUAGUGUUGUUCAUUGGUGUUGUGUUUUUACUAGUGUCAUGGCAAUCCAGCUGAGAGGAUUUUGGGGAAGCACAA